CGGCUGGCGGCGGCGGCCCGCGGGGCGCGCACUCUCGGGAUGGAGGGCGAGCUCCGGGCAUCACAGCCACGCUGCUCGGGCCUCCCAGCUGGGGGAGCAGACGGGGAGAGCCCGGGAGACAGCGCCCCCGUGUCUUGCAGUAGCGGCUCGUCCACCCUGCUGCAGGCCGAAGUGCUGGAUCUGGAUGAGGACGAAGACGACCUGGAGGUGUUCAGUAAGGAUGCCUCACUGAUGGACAUGAAUUCCUUCAGCCCUAUGAUGCCAACAUCCCCUUUAUCGAUGAUAAACCAAAUUAAAUUUGAAGAUGAGCCAGAUUUGAAGGAUCUCUUUAUUACAGUUGAUGAACCUGAAAGCCAUGUUACUACAAUUGAAACUUUCAUUACUUACAGGAUUAUUACUAAGACAUCUCGUAGUGAGUUUGACUCUAGUGAAUUUGAAGUUAGAAGACGUUAUCAAGAUUUUUUGUGGUUGAAGGGAAGACUUGAAGAAGCACAUCCCACUCUGAUCAUUCCUCCACUGCCAGAGAAGUUUAUAGUGAAAGGAAUGGUGGAACGCUUUAAUGAUGACUUCAUUGAGACACGGAGGAAGGCGUUGCAUAAAUUUUUGAAUCGUAUUGCUGAUCAUCCAACUUUAACAUUUAAUGAAGACUUUAAAGUUUUUCUUACUGCACAAGCUUGGGAACUGUCUUCUCACAAGAAGCAAGGACCUGGAUUGUUCAGUCGAAUGGGGCAGACCGUCAGAGCUGUUGCCUCCUCCAUGAGAGGAGUGAAGAACCGCCCAGAGGAGUUCAUGGAUAUGAAUAACUUUAUUGAAACAUUUAGCCAGAAAAUAAAUUUGAUAGAUAAAAUAUCCCAGAGAAUUCACAAGGAAGAACGGGACUAUUUUGAGGAAAUGAAAGAAUUUGGGCCAAUUCAUAUUCUGUGGUCAGCAUCAGAAGAGGAUCUGGUUGAUAGCCUCAAAGGUGUUGCCAGCUGCAUUGACAAAUGCUGUAAGGCCACAGAAAGGCGGAUGUUUGGACUCUCUGAGACCCUGUUACCUGUUGUACAUGAGUACGUCCUUUAUAGUGAAAUGCUAAUGGGUGUUAUGAAAAGACGAGACCAAAUACAAGCAGAUCUGGACUCUAAAGUUGAAGCUUUGACCUAUAAAAAGGCAGAUACUGAUCUGCUUACAGAAGAAAUUGGAAAACUUGAAGAUAAAGUGGAAUGUGCUAAUAAUGCCUUGAAAGCAGACUGGGAAAGAUGGAAACAAAAUAUGCAAAACGAUAUCAAGUCAGCAUUUACAGAUAUGGCAGAGGAAAAUAUCAGCUAUUAUGAACAGUGCCUUGCUACAUGGGAAUCUUUCCUUACAUCACAGACUGACUUCCAUUUGGAAGAAAACUCUGAAGAUAAUGCUUAAUCCCAUUGAAGACUUACUUUGGGAGACAGCAUCUAUCAACCAAAGUUAUUCUUUCUGGAUGAGUUGUGUCUUCUAAAAUGUUUUACAAUAUCUGGAAAA